GCGGCUUUAUCUCCCACCCGGCUCCGCCCGCCGCCGGCUGUCUCCCGUGACCGCAGCGCACCGGCGGGCGCGGCGCCGGCCCGGGCAGCGCCCAUGGGCUGCGGCAACUCCACGGCCGGCGGCGCGGGCGGGCGAGGUGCUACAGGGACUAGUAAAGAUGUAGCAGAAGAAUCCAUAUCAGAUGAUGACAAAAGAAGGAACUACGGCGGGGUGUACGUGGGGCUGCCGUCGGACGCGGCUGCCAUGGCUCCCAGUCAGACGAAAGCUGCGCCCAAAGAAGGAAAUAAAGACAUCAAGAUGCAAACAGCCCGAGCUGAAAGUGUGCUUUGCCUUCAUUCAUGCAAGAUCAGAGCUUAGCUGCUGACUCAAGUCUUACACAGAAGAGCAGCUUCAAAUCUGCAAAGGGUCCUCUGAGCUCCACAAGUUUAUGUGCGUGUGUGUCUGCAGUUCAUGGACUACAAAUCUCUCAGCUUCUAGUGAUGACCUAAUUCUCUGGUUUAUGUAUGGAACAUUCCUGUAUUGCUUUUCUACUAUUGCUUUACCAGUCUACCUAAAUCUGUUCCUUUUUUUCCUUUGAACAGUGUACUAAGACCAGUUGCCAGUGCUUUGGAGGGAACUGUCUUUGUGCUGAAGAUUUUGAUAUUUACACAGCCUUCCGGAGCGCAAGAGAGAUCAGAGCACCAAAAAAUCCAAACUGUUGCAAGUUCCAACUACGGGUAAAGCUUAAAGUAGAGUGUUCAAUCCGUUUCCUAUGAUAGUUGCAUUAUGGAAACCUCCUGCUGUUCUCCAGUGAAAGAUGAAAUUAGUGAACUCAUGGUGGAUGUUUCUGCACAAGAGCUAACUUUGAUGAUCUGCAACUUAUUUCUCUGUGGCCAUAUUGCAGAUUCCAUCAGCUAUCAGCUACGCUUCGUAUAUUUCCUCCAACGAGUUUGAUAGAUUUUAUAUAGAAAACCAUCACCACUGUCCACUCAAUAGUUUCUAUGGUAGGUUCCUGUAAAUUAAUUGUUCUUUUACUUCAGAGUAAUAUAUUUGACAAGUUUGCAUCUUUUUGGGAAUAUUGCAAAUUUUAAUAUUUUUGCUGUGAAAUAUUAAGAAUAGGAUGAAACAAGCUUAAGACCAUAAGGUUCUUUAUAAUUAUUACUGUCCCUUUUAUACCAUGAGACAAAUAUUAGUGUUUAAUUUUCACCUUGUAAAAAGAUGUUGCUCAAGGAAAUUGAUUUGAAUAAGAAUGAUAUAUUCAUUGUAUUAUUUACAUAUCUGUUUAUAUUUUACUUUAGCUAUGGCUCUUUUAUAAAGCAUUACAUGUAAAAAAAUACUAACAAAAUAAACUAUCAUGUGUUCCAUUCCAUGUAAUAAUAUGUCCUUGCAUAAGGAUGAAGUGAUAGUAUUUUCAGAGAUAGUGGGACUAAACUCCAGUGCUGCAUCCUCCUGAGCUGUAGAGGAUUUUUGAUCACUAUUAGAGUUUUGUAUUCCUGUCUCAUCUGUAAGCAUCUCCAGUAUGGCAAAUUGAAACAGAAUGAGCGUUAUUACUACUUUAGCAAAUUGUUCAGGUUUUAAAAUUCAUUAAUAGCAAUUGUAAGUUUCCCAUAGAACAUAAAACAGAUUGUACAUUUACAUAUGGUUGAAUGAGUAUUUAAACUAUUAAAGCCUUUUGCAUUA